CAGACCAUGUGAUCUACAGUAGACUUCCUUGGAGGAUGAUGGAGUGUUUUGCUGGAUAUUGAUUCUUCUGAGUUUGAGGUGGCUAUGAUUUAAUCGCUUUGAGAUCCAUUUCACCUCAAUCAAAUACGUUUUGGCGAAAGGAAGACGAAAGACCAUGGCCCAGGCUACACAGAUGAAUGUCCCCGAAAUCAACACUCCGAUAACAGUAGAACACGAUAAAAAGAAGCGACAGUUUACCAUACGACUAAAUGGUAAUGUAACGUUAGCUACGCGAAAUCGCUCUCAUGACCGUGCGGUCCUCUUGUACGAGUAUGUCGGGAAGAAGACUGUGGACCUGCAGCAUACGGAGGUUCCAGACGCCUACAGAGGGAGGGGCAUUGCCAAGCACCUGGCCAAGGCGGCCAUGGAUUUUGUGGUGGAAGAGGAUCUGAAGGCUCACCUUACCUGCUGGUACAUCCAGAAAUACGUCAAAGAGAAUCCCCAACCUCAAUACCUGGAGCACAUCCACCCCAUGUGACCCCAUGACAGAGAGGAGUGGAGAGGGAGAGAGACUGAGGUAGAAAGCAUGGCCUCAUGCUUUCGGUUUGGAGGACUUUGUGCUAUGUUUUUUUGGGGGGUGUAAGGGAGAGGGAAACCAUACUAUAGCUAUCUCUACAGACAUAAAGACUCCCUGUUGGAGAGCAGUGGUAGAGGAACUGUCCGAUUGACAUUACUCAUGGCCUGUCCUCCAUGGGAAUGGACAUCAGUGUGUGUGUAAAGAAAAAGGAAUGUUGUAGAGUCUUGCUGUCUUAUUGUAUAUACAGUGGCAAGACUGUAUGCAGGAUUCCUGUUUUUGUACUGCAAGAAGCAAUGUCUCAUCACACUUUGGCCGUAUUGCUUUCACUUAUCCUGUCUUGGCUGGUCAUUUAAAGAGGAGUGAACAACGGCAGGAGGAAAGGAACAGCUUUCUGGAGUGGAAUGCAAUCCUGAUCAUUCAGGAUGUUUGUCCUCUCGUCAAAACCAUCAAGACAAACAGCUGUUCAUCAGGACCUUGAUUAGCUGAAUCAGGUGUGUUAGAGCAGCAUUGGCACAAUAGUGUGCACAUACAAUAGCUCUUCAGGAGGGUGGACCACACCUGGUUUACUUUAGACCAUCAACUUGCGGGCUAUAUCCCCUACAUGCAGUCAGCCUGUCGUAGGCUAGUGAGGCACUUCCCUCUAUUCCUGCCCAAGACUAUCUGUCCCCAUGUUCAUCAGGACAACCACUCUUCAGUAGGCCUACCCUUCACCUUAAAUGUUACUGUACAGAAAGCUGCUGUGCUAUCUGACAUGAGACAUUGCCAUAGAACCUUCAUUAACUGUGGGUGUAAUCUUCUACUGUCUGUAAAAGCACUAAUUCAGGGCUGUUCUACUACAGUUUAAAUCUUGUGUGGCAUUUUCUCUAUACAGUUUACAAGCAUGGCUUAAGAAAACAGAAAACAAAAUUCCAAUAUCAAGUAACAGGAUGUAUUUUUCAUUUGCUGAGUAUCUUAAACUACAGUAGGGAUUCUCUCUGGCUUUGACCUAGGUGAGAUGUACUAUUUACUAGGUGACUGAAUGCAUACUGGUCAGGAAGGCAGUAAAACUGAUGACGCAGUCUUCAGGGGAUGGCUCUGUAGGCCUACUAUCUGACAGAGAUGGGUAUAAAGUCUGCAGACAGUCUGAUUAUUUUCCAUGUCUCUCUUGUUUUAAAUUAAAUAAUACCUUAUUUGACUAAC